GGAGAUAAAUAGGUUUUUUUCAUGGUGUAAACUAUAAGACGAAACUGACGGUUGAGAUUUACAUAGUUUUACUUCAGAAGAUAUUUGAAAACUCUAAGAAGUGCAAAAAUAACAUGAAAGAUGCUUCAGAAUUUCAAGGAUCCCAGAAAAAUGGCUAAAUCUUUAAAAGGAAUAUUUUCUGUUUAUAAAGAAAAGGGGAUGACUAGUAUGGACGUUCUGAGAUUUUUGAGGCUACAAAUAGAAGACGAUCUGGGGUUAAACACCGAUAUGUAUGGUGUUAGAUUUGGACAUGGAGGGAUAUUAGACCACUCAGCCUGUGGUGUUCUUGCUGUUGCUCUUGGAUCAAAGUGCAAGAAACUAAGAUGGUUUUAUCAUGGAGACAAGAAGUACAGUGCUGUUGGUUGUCUGGGAAUAUCAACUGACACAUACGAUACAAGUGGGAAAAUCAUUGGGGAAAAACCUUUUGAUAAUGUUACAAAAGAAAUGAUUGGGGAUGCAAUAAAACAGUUUGAAGGGAAAAUACUGCAGAAACCACCUCCAUACUGUGCCCUGAAACUUGACAGAAUUAGAUUCUCUGACCUGAUUGGAAAUGGAAUUGAUGUUUCUCCCGAACCUAGAUACGUUCAUUGUCACAGCAUAUCUUGCAGGGAAUUUAACCCCCCAUACUUCUCUCUUGAUAUCCAUUGUGGUGGAGGGUUCUACGUCCGGAGUUUGGUUCACGAUCUAGGACUUGCAUUGGGCAGCUGUGCUCACGUGGCGGAGCUAGAGAGGACACAGCAUGGGCCGUUUACAGUGAAAGAUGCCCUCCGUCAGUACCAAUGGUCGUACACAGAAGUGAUGGAAGCUGUGACCAAAGCAAAUGAGAUGUGUGAAAAAUAUUUCAUUACAACAAAAAAUCAGAUGACAGAUAAUGAAUCUUGAAUGUACUUAGGACUAAAAUUUUUUUUUGUUUGGUCAUGUAUGUGUGAAUAAAUGUUAAUAAUAAAAUUGUAUUAACUUUAAUAUAUAA